UAUCAUCAAGAAAUGAACAGAACAGAGGUUAACUUUUGACUCCUGUGACCUGUCAUUGUCAAUAAAGCAAGUAUUUUUAAUUCAAGCUCUGUCUGGGUUUGUACUGCAACGAAAAUAGAAUGAAAGUUUCGAGAGAGCAAAGUCAAGAAAGCUGAACCAUAUAUAUUUUUGCAUGAAAAUUUUUGAAGAUUUUUAGAAUGCCUUUCAAGUUCCACUUGAAGAAAAGCCGUCAGUACAAUGUAGUUUCAAAAAAUCAGUACGUGAUAUGCGUCGAAUUGUUAGAUUCGACUUCCAUAGAAUGUACUCUGAGCAUUGAUAGUCUUGGUCAAGAAUGUUUGACGAAUAUUACGCAGAGACUUGGCCUGGGCCAGCCAGAGUUCUUUGGCCUGUGUUACGUUUGCCGCCACGGGACACCAUCUCCAAGAUGGGUGGAUAUGGAUAAGCCUUUGAAAAAGCAAUUGGAAAAAGAUGCCAAAAGUUUCAAUUUGUACCUCAGAGUGAUGUUUUACAUCGGUGAUGUGCAGUUUAUUCAGGACGAGAUGACAAGGUACCACUAUUACCUUCAAUUGAAAAGUGAUAUCUUAGAGGAUAGGAUACAUUGUAACGUCAGGCAAGCCACUGUUCUGGCAAGUUACUCCAUGCAAGCAGAAUUCGGUAAUUAUGAUGCUGAAAGACAUAGAGCCGAAUUUCUUCAGCAAUAUACAUUUUUCCCAAAAUCUGUUAUUGAAGCUGAACUUGGUGGACAAGAGGCACUCUUGAAUAGUUCAUUAAGUCAAUAUAAAAUGACAUCUGGAGUUACACAAGCAGCUGCAGAAGAAUACUAUAUUACAAUGGUCAUGCAAUUAGAAGGAUAUGGUCACGAGACAUUUUCUGCUAAAGAUGAAAGUAGUAAUGAGGUCAUUCUUGGUAUUUCUAUUAAUGGUAUUAUGGUAUGCAGUCCAAAAACUCAAACCACACAUUUUUACAGGUGGAAAGAUAUCAGUAACGUAAUCAAUCACAAGAAGACGUUUAGAAUAGAAUGUCAAACGGACAUGGAAUAUGCAAAGCAAUUUACUUUUCGAGAAUCACGAAUCGCGAAGUAUAUGUGGCGUUUGUGUAUAGCACAACAUACUUUUUAUAUGCAACAUCAGCAGACGCAACCACCAGACCGUCUGACAAAUGGCUAUUUUGAAAACGAAACCAAUAACUCCAGCGAACAAGCUCCGUCUGUUAAUUUAGAUACUAAUGGAACGGAAGACUAUACGCGAUGGACUAGUUAUAACGAUCUCUCGACUUCACCAUGCCCAGUAGUAUCUGUUUCCACAACAGAUAUAAAUAAUUUACGUGCCUUAUUACCUUCAUACAGACCAGCACCAGAUUACGAGACUGCUGUAAAAAUGAAGUACAAUAACAGCGGGAACAAUUCGCAGCCUUAUUACGCAAAUCAAUCGACAAUUGUUGGAACAGAUUUAUGCAUUGUUGGUAAUAUUGUAAAUCCUAAUCUAUACUAAAUUGCAAUUGUAUAAAAUUAAAAAAAAAUUUUUGGCUUUAAUUUAGAAAGACCAUAUUCAAGCAAUGCUUUUCAAAUAUUUCAAUUUCUUAAUUUGUCAUUUCAUGUUUUACGAUAUGAUUUUUUUGUAUGUUUAGAUAACUUAAAUUAUAUUUAUUAAAAUUUUUAAUGCCACCUAUUUUAAGUAUUUACAAUGAGAUUGCUUUAACAAAGUAAGUUGACUUGUACUAUAUAUUUUACAUACAAUGUCAAUAAAAAUAAUUUUAAAUUUUA